GCUAAUUCAGCAGGAAACUAUGACAACUGGUUUCCGUGUACGGAAUGACUCUCUUGCCCGUAUCAUUCUUGAUGACGUGUCACUACAGAGUAAAGACUUUGGCUCAGCUUCUGCUUCUCCAAUGGCGGUUCUUCCGACAUGGCUUUUAGCAAUGAUGUGUCUACUCUUCUUCGCCGGAGCAAUGGAGAAGAACACUACACACGACAAGAUCUCAUCUCUUCCUAGAUCCGACGAAAACGAAUGGAACCAACACGCAGUGACGAAUCCAGAUGAAGUAGCGGACGAAGUUCUCGCCUUGACAGAAAUGAGUGUGAGAAACCAUACCGAGAGGAGGAAACUAGGUUACUUUACUUGCGGAACAGGCAACCCUAUCGACGAUUGUUGGCGAUGCGAUCGCAAUUGGCACAAGAACCGCAAACGCCUAGCGGAUUGCGGUAUCGGAUUUGGAAGAAACGCUAUCGGUGGUCGUGAUGGUCGUUUCUACGUAGUCACUGACCCAAGAGACGACAAUCCGGUUAACCCUAGACCUGGGACACUACGUCACGCCGUGAUCCAAGACCGUCCACUAUGGAUCGUUUUCAAACGUGAUAUGGUGAUUCAGUUAAAACAAGAGCUUAUCGUUAACAGCUUCAAAACGAUCGAUGGACGUGGCGCUAACGUUCACAUCGCUAACGGUGGUUGCAUCACGAUUCAGUUUGUGACGAAUGUGAUCGUUCAUGGAUUGCAUAUUCAUGACUGUAGACCGACCGGUAAUGCUAUGGUGAGAAGCUCAGAGACGCACUUUGGAUGGAGGACGAUGGCCGAUGGUGACGCGAUUUCUAUCUUUGGAUCGAGUCAUGUAUGGAUUGAUCAUAACUCGUUGUCUCAUUGCGCUGAUGGGCUCGUGGACGCAGUCAUGGGCUCUACCGCGAUUACCAUCUCAAACAACCACUUAACUCACCACAACGAGGUUAUGUUGCUCGGACAUAGUGAUUCGUACAUGAGGGACAAAGCUAUGCAAGUUACCAUUGCUUAUAAUCAUUUUGGAGUCGGACUUAUUCAAAGAAUGCCGAGGUGUCGACACGGGUACUUCCAUGUCGUUAACAACGAUUAUACUCACUGGGAAAUGUACGCCAUAGGUGGUAGCGCAAACCCGACUAUCAACAGUCAAGGAAACCGUUACGCAGCCCCGAAAAACCCCUUUGCUAAAGAGGUGACUAAGAGAGUGGACACACCGGCAAGUCACUGGAAAGGAUGGAAUUGGAGAUCGGAAGGAGAUUUGCUUCAAAACGGUGCUUACUUCACUUCUUCAGGAGCCGCCGCGUCUGGCAGCUACGCUCGUGCCUCUAGCCUCUCCGCGAAAUCUUCGUCAUUGGUCGGACACAUUACUUCCGACGCUGGAGCUCUACCUUGUCGCAGAGGACGUCAAUGUUCCUCAUAGUUACCACCCCACCACCAAAAUUCAAAACUACCUUCCAUUAUAUAGACAAAGUGUACAUUUUCACACAUUUGUCAUUUAAAAAGCCAAUUAUCUUCUUCUUUUUUUUCGGUGUGUGUGUUUGUGUCGAUUUUUCUCAACCUCGGGUUUGCUUGCGUCAACCGCAAGUUAACACAAGAAAAGGGAACAAAACCAACCUUUCAUGAAAAAAGAGAAAUCCCCGAAGUGUUGUUGGUUGUUUGGUUCUAUCUGAUCAAUUCAGAUUGUUCUUCGUCUGUCUCUGUCUUCUACCCGGAGAAACAAGAAUAUUCUCUCUUGUUUUUUUCCUUCUUGUAAUUUUUGAGGUUUAUAAUUUAAUAUAGGGUCUAAAUGAUUUGUGAAUCUUUCUACUUUUCAUUGUAUUAUAAAUGUUGGCUGGAUUU